AUGGCUACUACUGAGAGCUACAUUAACGUGACUACAUCGGACGGUGGAGGUGGAGGAGGAGGAGGUGGGAUAAAUGUUUCAGCUCUCAGCAUUACACAAGCUACCCUCCUUGCGAUUUGUUUAUUGAUGACAGUGAUUAGUAACACCUUCAUCCUCAUAAUUCUACACAAAGUCAAGAACUGUUUUGAAGAAAUGCAACAGUUUGUAUUCCAGGCUCUUGCAGUCACUGACUUCCUCACGGGUAUUUUAUGUUGCGGUCUGUCGAUGCUGUCAAUCAUCAUUGGCCCAGGUCAACCGUUCUCAUCAGCCAUGUGCGCGAUUCGAGGAGCAGCUUGUACUGGGUUAACUAACCUCUCGGCUUUACUAAUUUCCUGUGCUUGCUUUGAUCGUUUUGUCGCCGUCAUCUUUCCUCUCCGUUACUUCAGUUUCGUCACGAUGAAACGCGCCAGAAUCGCUCUCCUGGUCGUCUGCACAAUGGCCGCCUCUAAUGGGGCCUUGAGUUUACUUCGAGGCAGAACUGUUGCCAAGAGUAACCUGUGCCUUUCCGAUUUCUCGUCCGAGCGACUCGCCUUCCGGCCAAGCCUCGUGACAAGUCUUUUGAUCUUCUCCAUCAUUCUGCUCUUGACGUCUAUCUCAAACAUCAAGGUUAUGUUGGUCGCUUCCGGUCAGUCAAAACGUUCUGCAAACGUAGCUCCUAGCGAUAUCACCAACGAGAGCGAUACUGUCCAGAGAGACUCUGCCCAACCACGUAGAGGGGGCCUCAAAGGUCUCCGCGUUCUUAUAGUAACCACAAUCACAUUCUUUCUGGCUAUCUUUCCCUGGAGCAUUGUCUCCGCGUCGCAGUUCAGUCAGAAGGCAUCCAUAGCAACACCUAUGGUAAGGUUUAUAUCCAGUCUUUUGCUGAUGUCGAACAGCUGGAUGAAUGCAGUUAUCUUUGGUGCCUUCAAUAAACGUUUUCGAAAAGCAGUCAAAAGGGUGGUUUAUCGUGCACAGUUGGACGGGGAAUCAACUGUUAAUGAACACACCUCAGAGGCAUGA